UUUAACCGCUUUGAAUAUAAAAAACUAAAUGUCUAAAAUUACAGUCAAAACAGAAAAUAUUCAAUAUUAAAUAGAGUUUUGGAAUUAACUUAUAUGUUCAGUUGACAAUUAUAUGAACAUUUACGUUUUGUAAUAAAAAUUUAGAGAAUAAAAAUGAAGUUACCUUAUUUAGUAUCACAAAACGUACGCGAAGCAUACGCCACAUCUGCGGUUAUGAAAAACUCAGUUGCUGAAGUUCCUCGCAAAAUAGUGGCUGAAGAUUUCGAAUGGGAUGAUGAGCUCACACCUGCGCCACUCACGUAUUAUGCUGCCCGUGUUCUCGCCACAAUAUUCCACAGAAUUAACCCUUUGAGAAAGAUUCUGCAAAAAGACAUCGAUAUAUUGAUGGAUUUAUAUCCUGCGGAUAUACCCUUAAAGUAUAGCGUUCGGUAUAUUCAGGAUGAGCAAUAUUGGAAAAGGUCAUUUAAUAUGAAAUUUCCAUCUAGAAAAGAGCUUGGUGUUACAUUUUGGAAAGGGGCGUUUUUAAGUAUAUGUCUUCAAGACUAUUUGGAGAAUGUAAACCCGGAUGUCUUUAUCGAAAACGAUGCGGUUGAACUUGCUACAUUGGUCAGCCCGUAUAUUUAUUUUCUGGGCCUAAAACAGCUGCAAAUGGUACGUCAACCAUCACCGCCGAUUCCUAACGAUAAUGUGGUUGAGGAUACUUGCUCAUUCAGCGUACCUAGAGUUUAUGAUCAUAUCCCAUUGGAGCCUGUUUUGGUCAAGUUGUAUAAUCUGCAAGAAAUAUCCUUAGUUUUUGGCAUUAAUAAUCUCAACGACAACUAUUUGACUAGAUACUUCGAAUUUUCUAUGGCCGACUGCGAAUCACUAUGUAGAGGUUUCGAAGAUUUACGUCACUUAAAAAUAUUUCGUAUUAAUAGAAGCAAUUUGGACUGUUGUAAAGUAAAACUCAUAUUGCAAAAUUUGGUAAAGAAGGAAUGUAUUGAAGAGUUGGAUUUUAAUCACUGUAAGAUAGGUGAUUAUGGAAUGAAGGCACUAGGCGGUUUUAUUCAUAUACAUACAAACGUUAAAAUAGUGAGAAUAGCUAAUAAUCGUUUCAAGGAAGUAGGAGUACAAGGUAUCGCGUAUGCUUUACAGAUGAAGCCGGCUGCUCCUAUAGAACUUCUAGAUUUCAGUUUGAAUCCAAUGUCAAUAGAAUGCGCGACGAUGUUUGCUGCAGCAUUUGUACGCUGUAAAGAGAAACCUCAGACGUUGAUUGUAAAUUCAUGUGGAUUUCACGGUGCCUCAGCAGAGAAGAUGGCUGGUCUUCUGAGUUUGAAUCGAGGUCUGACUAGAUUAGAUAUGGCUGCUAACGAUUUAUCUGGCGAAGCUGAAAAAACCCUUGUUAGUGCCCUUGAACAAAAUAAGAAAGUUCUUAGGAUUGAUUUGCGUAGGACUCAUAUAUCAGAAGAAACACAAGCAAAAGUUGAUGAAUUGCUGGAACGCAAUAAAAACUUGAUCGGGCAAGAGUUGGAACCCAGUGAUGAAAUUCCACCACUGUAUCUUAAUGAGCCGGAAUACCUUAUUUGGAAGUAUAAUCCCAAUAACCCUGAUUAUUUACCUGGAAGAUAUCCUGAAAGGAUCCCCGAAGUUUAGACAAAAUAUUUUCUCUA